AUGACGGUUGACAAGCAAACUAACCUCAUUAUGAGUGGACACGUAGACAAGGGAGUCCCAACUGUCAGUUCAGGAAAGGGUGUCUAUAUUAAAGUCAAAGAUCAAAAAACUGGUCAAGAAAAAUUAAUCCUCGAUGGUGUGACUGGUGCUGCUGUUGGUGCUCUCGGAUGGGGCGAUGAGUCGGUGGUUCAGAUGAUAACCGAUGCCGCGCGCGAAACUGUGUACACUUAUCCAGCUAUUAUUGGAAACGACUACUCACAGCAAUUGGCCGAUUUCUAUAUUAAGAGAUCACCACCAAACGCGUUCGCUGCCGCACUUUGGACCGGUUCUGGAUCGGAAGCUAACGAAAAUGCUAUGAAGAUCACCUAUCAAUAUUUCAAGACUCAAGGUAAGACCAAGAAGACCAAAUUCAUUUCGAGAAUGACUUCUUACCAUGGAUUUACCAUUGGUUCCUUGUCUAUCGGAAGUUCAUCCAGAGCAGCUUACUUUGAAGAUAUCUUGUUGAAGGGCGACCAGUGCCUCAAGAUGCCAGAAUGUCACCCAUAUCGUUACAAGAAGGAUGAUGAAAGUUUGGAACAGUACAAGGAUCGCUUGAUUGACCAUCUUGAACAGAUGAUUUUGAAGGAGGAUCCAGAGACUGUUGCUUCCAUUAUCGUCGAGACCUUACCAGGUUCUUCAUUAGGUACUUGCCCAUCACCUCCAGGCUACCUUUUAGGAAUUAGACAAUUGUGUGACAAGUAUGACAUUUUGAUGCACUUAGAUGAAGUUAUGUGUGGUACAGGACGUUGUAACGACGGUGGCUUGAACUGUUGGGAAAACUUCUUACCCUUAGACCAAGGCCCAGAUAUUCAGACCGUUGGAAAGACUCUUGGGUCGGGUUAUGUCACCAUUGCAGGUGUUUUGGUCUCACCAAAGGUCAAAGACGUAUACUCUGCAACCAAUACGACUAUCAUGGGUGGACAAACUUACCAUGGCCACGGUUUUAACUGUUUGGUAGCAUUGAAGAUCCAAGAGAAAAUCAAGGAUUUGAACUUGACUGCUAACAUGUUCAAGAUGGGAAAUUAUAUGGGUGAGUUACUUUCAGAAAAUUUGUUGAGUGGAAAAUCUAAGAUCACUGGUGAUGUUAGAGGUAUUGGAGGGUUCUGGUCUGUCGAGAUCGUCAAAGACACGGCAACCAAGGAAGUUUUCGAUGUUUCGUUAGAUCUUGGACACAGAAUCCAAGAUAUUUGCUUCGCUAAUGGACUCAAUGUUAUGGGUAUGCAAGGUAGUUUCAAAGGUACUGGUGACCACUUCUUGCUUGCGCCUUCUUUCGUAGUUACAAAGGAAAAUAUUGAAUCUAUUGUCGAAAUUGUCACCAAGUCUAUUUUCCAACUCGAAAAAGAAUUGGAGACAAAGGGACUUUUAUGA